AGCUAUGUAGAUCUUUCCAUUAACUCCCCUCUCCAUUUUUCUUCUCUCUUCCUCUAUCUGUAUUCUGUAGAGAGAGAAAGAGAUAGAAGGAACAAAGUUUUUGGGAUGAAGGUACGACAUUUUUACCAUCUCUUAUUUUGCCUACCACUUGCACCACUCAAAUCGUACGGUAUUGCUCCAUCUCAUGGUAUAUAAAUUAAGAGGGGAUCGAGGCCGAAGCCCAAGAGGAGAGGAGGAGCUAGAGUAGUAUUUCAUUAUUGCCUUGGAUUGGAGUAGAUAGUUUAUGGCAAUUGCAGCAACCUCGAACAAUAUGAGCCACGACGAUAGCACCAGCAACAACAAGCCCGCUGUAGUUGAUGAUGAUCAUGAGCAUGAUAUGGUCAUGCCCGGCUUUCGCUUCCACCCCACCGAGGAAGAAUUGGUCGAGUUCUACCUUCGCCGUAAGGUAGAGGGCAAGCGCUUCAACGUUGAACUCAUCACUUUUCUCGAUCUUUAUCGCUAUGACCCUUGGGAGCUUCCUGCCUUGGCGGCAAUUGGAGAGAAGGAAUGGUUCUUCUAUGUGCCUAGAGACCGCAAGUAUCGUAACGGGGAUCGCCCCAACCGUGUUACCACUUCUGGCUAUUGGAAGGCAACCGGAGCUGACAGAAUGAUCCGGACUGAGAACUUCCGGUCGAUUGGGCUGAAGAAAACCCUAGUUUUCUACUCUGGGAAAGCUCCCAAGGGCAUCCGAACCAGUUGGAUCAUGAACGAGUAUCGCUUGCCACAUCAUGAAACUGAACGCUAUCAAAAGGCAGAAAUAUCGCUGUGCCGCGUAUACAAGAGAGCCGGAGUAGAAGACCACCCUUCUCUCCCUCGUUCUCUUCCAUCAAGGGCAUCAUCAUCUAGAGUGGCGGCUCAGUCGGGUAGAAAGGCAGUAAUUCAUAAUUCCAUGGGAAACUUGCAAGGUUUUGGAGGACAAUCACAGCAAAUUGAGGUGGAAAAAAUGAAUGAAACAGAUGGGAGCAGUAAUUCAGAUAACGUGACAACAGCUCUUGGGCUUGCCAAGCACAAUUCAUUCCGAGAUAUUGCAAUCAGCACCACCCUGGGGCUUCCAGCUCCAAUGGAGGAGGAAGGAAUUCUGAUGCACCACCAGUCAAAGCAACUUUUCACAGGCGGGGCCUCAUCAUCUAGUCAUCAUCAUGCUGUGGAUGAUCUCCAUAGACUAGUGAAUUACCCACAAGCUGCUUCAAUUAUCAGUCAGCAACAACACUUUUACAACCAAUUCUCAGGCUUGCCAGUGCCGCCACAUUCACAACCACUGGCCCUCAGCACGCUGCCCAACGUGCUUUCAACUCCCUUCUCCGAUAGGCUUUGGGACUGGAAUCCGAUUCCAGAAGCACACCGAGAGUACACCAAUCCCUUCAAGUAAUCAAAUGAACUGAACGUACAUAGAUAAUAUUAUAUAUAUACACUUGAUGUUAAUUUUAGUGAUUUAUCUAAGUUAUUAUGUUGUUAAUUAAUUAACUUUCAGAAUAUUUGACCCUAUAUUGAUAGAUAAUGAUUUGUCGAUAUGUUAGGGUUUUGGGUUAAAUUAAUGUUACUUAAUUGAUCCAGCUUGUAGUAAAGUUUUUGUGAUACCCUUCUUGCGUUUCAACAA